AUGAAUUACUCUCUACUAGAAAGGACGUGUUGUGCCUUGGUGUGGACAUCCCACCAUCUACGGCAGUACAUGUUAAGCCACACCACUUGGUUGGUAUCUAAGACAGACCCAGUCAAGUACAUUUUCGAGAAACUCGCUCUCACCGGACGGAUCGCUAGGUGGCAGGUUUUGCUAUUUGAGUUCGACAUUGCUUAUGUCACUCAAAAGGCAAUAAAGGGAAGUGCCUUGGCAGACUAUCUAGCUCAGCAGCCCCUCAAUGACUACCAACCCAUGCAUCCAAAAUUCCCAGAUGAGGACAUCAUGGCCUUGUUUGAGGAGGAGGUGGAGGAUGAAGAUAGGGAUAAGUGGAUAGUGUGGUUUGACGACAUGUCCAACGCCCUAGCCCAUGGAGUUGGGGCGUUUUGGGUCACUCCUGACAAUCAACACAUACCCUUCACAGCAAGGUUGGACUUCGAUUGCACGAAUAACAUGGCGGAAUACGAGGCAUGCGCCCUUGGGAUCCAAGCAACAAUUGACUUCAACAUCAAAUUGCUCAAAGUAUACAGAGACUUAGCUUUGGUGAUCCAUCAAUUAAAAGGAGAAUGA